AUGGAUAGUUUGCUGUGGGACCACGACAGCUAAGGGGGUUUGAAUUUCCAACCGGGACAGCCACAGAGGAUCACCGCUAACUUACAUACACAAUUUCCGGGUUGACGGAUGAGUAGAUUGUAGAAGAGCAGGGAGGAUUGGGGUUAACAGUCAGACACAGUUCCACCCUGACAACCCAGUCACAACCAUGAUCACAGCGAUGCAGCAGGUGUUGGAUAACCUGGGGGAGCUGCCCACCUCCACGGGGGCCAAAGACAUCGACCUCAUCUUCCUCAGAGGAAUCAUGGAGAGUCCCAUUGUACGGUCACUCUCCAAGGCCCAUGAGCGAUUGGAGGACUUGAGGCUGGAGGCGGUGCAGGACAACAAUAUAGAGCUGGUCACAGACAUCUUGGGUGACAUCACCGCCCUCAGCGUCCGUGAUGACAGCGCAGCGGAACUUUCCCGAAUCCUCCAGGAGCCCCACUUCCAGUCGCUCCUUGAGGCCCACGACAUGGUAGCCUCUAAGUGCUAUGAGGCCGUGCCCCCAGCGGAGCUGUUUAAUGAGGAGCUGGGGAACAGUUCUCUGAUGCAGGCUGAUGCUGUACGCAUGAUCGGCAUCCGCAAGAAGGCUGGAGAACCACUGGGAGUGACGUUCAGAGUGGAGAAGGAGGAGCUGGUCAUCGCUAGGAUCCUCCAUGGAGGAAUGAUUGACAGGCAGGGUCUGCUGCACGUGGGUGACAUCAUAAAGGAAGUGAAUGGGCGGGACGUGGGGAACAACCCCACUGAGCUGCAGGAGAUGCUGAAGGACUGCAGCGGAGGAAUCACUCUGAAGAUACUGCCUAGUUAUAGAGAUGCACCCGCCCCACCACAGGUGUACGUGCAACCCCACUUUGACUACGAUCCAGCAAAUGACCAUCUGAUCCCCUGCCGAGAGGCGGGUAUUGGCUUCAAGAAGGGGGACCUCCUUCAGAUCGUCAACAGGGAGGACCCCAACUGGUGGCAGGCGUGUCAUGUGGUUGGUGGAGCCACUGGACUGAUCCCCAGUCAGUUCCUGGAGGAGAAGAGGAAAGCCUUCGUCCCAAGAGAUUUUGAUGGCUCAGGGAUCCUGUGUGGUACGAUAACUGGAAAGAAGAAGAAAAAGAUGAUGUACCUAACAGCCAGGAAUGCAGAGUUUGAUAGGCACGAGCUGCAAAUCUAUGAGGAGGUGGCCAAGAUGCCCCCAUUCCAGAGGAAGACUCUAGUUCUGAUUGGAGCCCAGGGGGUGGGCCGACGCAGCCUCAAGAACCGACUGGUGGUCCUUAACCCAACAUGCUUCGGAACCACCAUCCCCUUCACCUCCCGGCGUCCCCGUGACGAUGAGCUGGACGGUAAGUCGUACCGGUUUGUGACGCGGACGGAGAUGGAGGCGGACGUGAAGGCGGGCGGCUACCUAGAGCACGGCGAGUACGACGGGAACCUCUACGGAACCAAGAUGGACUCCAUCCACGAGGUGGUGGACACGGGGCGCACCUGUAUCCUGGACGUCAACCCACAGGCUCUGAAGGUACUAAAGACUGCAGAGUUCAUGCCGUAUGUGGUGUUCAUCGCAGCACCAGAGUUUGAGACGCUCAAGGCCAUGCACAAAGCUACGGUGGACGCUGGAAUCACCACCAAACAACUCACGGAUGUGGAUUUGAGGAAGACUGUUGAUGAGAGUGCUCGUAUCCAGAGGACCUACAACCACUACUUUGACCUCGCCAUCACCAACGACAACCUGGACCGCGCCUUCCAAACGCUACAGGCUGCCGUCAACAAACUCUGCUCCGAACCACAGUGGGUCCCCGUCAACUGGGUCUACUGAACCCCAACCGGACACUGACCGGUCAACUUGACCGUGUAUGUGUUCGACCACAGAGACAGGGGAAAGGAAAGGAGGAAGGGUGUUCGUCAUGUGAGGGACUUUGACGGGGAAAACCCAAACCAACCGCCUCGUCCCUCUCCCUUCCUCCUGCACACAAUGCACAUUUUUUUCUACUCGAAACUCAAAGGCAAAUAGUUCUUAUUUAUUUUAAUAUUUGUAACUUUUUACGAAAUAUCUUUCUAUUCAUACCAACGUGGAAUUCAGAAACAUGAAAAAAAUAAAAAGGCCAAACAUCACGGCCAUAUUUAUUUGUUGUUGUUAUGUUUGUUUGUUUUUUUGUAGUUGUUCCUCUGAGAACUAAUGAUGUUUGUUUUUUUCUCCGAGGACUGCUUUGAAAGAGUUUUCAUUAUUGUUAUAUCAACACAGUUCAAGAACGAAGUUCAAGAACGACACUAUGGAAUAUUCCAGAACUAUGAGCAGUGUUGCCAAGGAAACCUGUUUACAGCGCUCGUUGUUGCCAUGACAACUACCGUGUCUCAGUCCAAAUCCUGUGAAGCCCAGCCUUGUGAUUGUCGUAGGACCUCCCACCCCACUCCAAAGAAAAUCCCCUACAGUGCCCUGUAGUAUGUACUGUAGUUGGCCACCCCUUGAUUGGUUUGUGUUUAUCUCUUUAGAAUUAUGACUUAAGAAAAAAUGGACUUAUUGUCUGAAUAUCUAACCCUCACACAUCCCACAGAGAGAAUGAAGGGAAAAAGCUUUACACUUUACAUUGUAGUAUUGAAUAUCAGGAUCAAAACACUGUGUCUGUGUUUCAUUCAUGUCUUUCUUUGAGUUGUCUGUACUUUUAUUUUAGUACCGUAGGAUUCACUGUCUUUCGUUGCUACGGUGAUCUUUUUAGCUAAGUGACAUUUUUGUCUCACAUGAUCCUUUGCUUUGAGUUGUUGUUUUUUCGAAUAUUGAACAAAUACUACAUCCUGUUUUGAAGCGUUCUGUCUGUGUUGUGUCGACAGCAUGACCAUCAGAAUACCACUCACCAUCUACCCUAAUCUGUAUGUAAGGUGCUUAUUGUUGCUUUUUAAUCUGUUGCUAUCCCACGGUCCUCUCCUCCAGUAUCACAUCUCCAAAACCCUCCUGCACUGUAACCUAAAUACUACAUUCUGUUUCAUGUGGUCACUCUGAAGGAUUUCCCAACUGGUGACCAAUAACAGACAUCUCUAAUAGCAAUACAUUGUUACAAUAAAUUAACUGAAAUUCG